GCGAGAUUCCAGGCGUGAAUCACUGCGCCCGGCCCAGGUUCAAAUUUUUUAAAUCCUUAAGGCUAUCUAGUUGACAGCUGUCUUUAAUGUAGAUCAGUCCUCCUGCCUUUUUUUAUUGUCUUCCAUAUUAACCUUAUUGAAAGGUCCAAACAAAUCUCAUUCUGAAUUUAUCCGAGUGUUUCCUCACAAUCAGAUUCAGGUUAAACAUUUUUGGCAAGAGUGUUACGUAGGUGUAUUUCCCAUAGCCUCAUAAUGACAGGUUCAUAUUUUCGCCGGUAUUGGUAAUGCUAGCAAUUUUUUUUUCCCAUGAAGCAUCUAUUAACAUUUUGCAAGAGACUAAUGUUCCACGGAAAUGUGUUCCCCAAGCUGUACUGUUUAGAAAACUUCUGAAUAAAAAAGUGACAUGCAUGAAAGUGUUUUAGAGUUUGUAGAAUGAAAAGCAGGUUAAGGAUUAACUCAAUUUUAAAAUUAACAAACUUCUUCACUUCUAAGGUAGCACAAACUGGGCUUUCAUGAAACGUAACCCUUACCAAAACAAUUGUUCAGAUGAGCAACGCCAAGUUUAAAGAAAGGAAGUAAAACGUCUCAAGAACUGUGAUUGUUUGUGUUCAAUAACUGAGAUUUGAAAGGUCUGAUUCUAUGUCCUCUCCACUAGAUCCUUGGCUUCAUUUAGACUUGUGCUUAAUUUUCUGUCAUUGACUAUUGAGUCUACACUCACUCUUUAGAGUAAAAGUGGUAGUCUUUUAGUCCAAAUAGUAAUAAUGAAAAUGGUGAGACCAGUAAUUCAUUUUUUAUUAUUCCAUAUUCAGUAAGAAUCAACCUGUAUCUAAUAGCUGAAAAGGCCUGAAGCCUCCCAAAUGCAUGUCAUUACACAAAUUCUGUGUGAGGACUGACAUCUUGGUUCCAUAUACUAAUUAUACUGCAUGGCCCCCAUUUAUAACCAUAUCUACUUGUCAUAAUUCGAUCCUGACUGCUGCCUAUGGAUACUAUCUUUAUCACAUUAUAGCAAACAUUUGGGUGAUUAAGUUGUUCUCAAAAAUUCUAGAAUAGCAUACAACGGCUUUACUACUUAUUACAUCAUCUAAGAGGUUUUUUAAAAAUCAGUUACCACUCCGCCCACGCAGUGAGGUAGCAAAUAUUAUGCCAUUUCAGGCUUGUGCCUUUCCCCCCUCGGGACUUCCCGUGGACAUCCCUGCAGCAGUGAGGCUGAGUCCUGGCAUUGGGUGCAUGUUAAGAAAUACUAAUCAAAACGAAUGGGUGCCUUUCAAGAGAAAAAAAUUGUGGGAACUUCAACCUUUAAAAACCACGCCAUGCUUUAAAAACGUAAAACUCUAUUUCGGCCGAACGCUGAGCAUUUCUUCAAAUCACUAUGAGAAGCCUGAAUGUCUUUAAAUUCACCGGUCUAUAAAACGUAACGCGUCUCUCCCUCACCCCACAUUAUAAGUUUCCAAAGAGCGGAAGAAGGGGCUCCGGGGGUCCCGGCCCCAGGCUGCUAGGGGCUGACGGCAGGACUCGGCCUCCGUCCGACUCGAGGGUGUCGCGAAGGUCGGGACGGAACGAAAGUUACCCUCGAACUUCGGAGGCGAAAGAGUCCAUGUGGACCUUAAAAAAAGGGCAAAACCUACCCUAAAGGCCGUAAACCGCCCUCCCCUCCCCCGCCAGAGAACUUCCCGGCGUAGAGCUUCCGCAGCCUGCCGCAAGCCGGGAGGCCUUCACGCUCACGCGCUCUCCGCCACACGCCGGAACUGCGCGGCCACGUCCGCGGGGACCCUGGCCAUGCCCCGCGCCGCCACCCGGCCCCAGGCGAUCUACGGGCCCCACGCGCCUGCAGUCGGCGCUGCUUCUGCGUGGGAGGAUCCGGCGGAAGGGGCGGGGUCGGGCGGCACUUCCGUGACUUCGGGAGGGGAGGUCACAAAUCACAUUGAGCCAAAACGCAUACAGUGUUUUCUUCAGUUACAAAUAAAAUGAAUAUGCCCAUGCUGCUACCACAUCCUCACCAGCAUUUCCUAAAAGGCCUUUUAAGGGCACCUUUCCGAUGUUACCACUUCAUCUUUCACUCAAGUACUCAUCUUGGAUCAGGAAUCCCAUGUGCUCAGCCAUUUAAUUCUCUUGGACUCCAUUGUACAAAGUGGAUGCUGCUGUCAAAUGGUUUAAAGAGAAAAUUAUGUGUACAAACAACCUUAAAGGACCACACAGAAGGACUUUCUGAUAAAGAGCAAAGAUUUGUGGAUAAACUUUAUAGUGGUUUAAUCCAAGGGCAAAGGGCCUGUUUAGCAGAGGCCAUAACUCUUGUAGAAUCAACUCACAGCAGGAAAAAGGAGUUAGCCCAGGUGCUUCUUCAGAAAGUAUUACUUUACCACAGAGAACAAGAACAAUCAAAUAGAGGAAAACCACUAGCAUUUCGAGUAGGGUUGUCUGGGCCCCCUGGUGCUGGAAAAUCAACAUUUAUAGAAUAUUUUGGAAAAAUGCUUACUGAGAGAGGGCACAAAUUAUCUGUGCUGGCUGUGGACCCUUCUUCUUGUACUAGUGGUGGAUCACUUUUAGGUGAUAAAACCCGAAUGACUGAGUUAUCAAGAGAUAUGAAUGCAUACAUCAGGCCAUCUCCUACUAGAGGAACUUUAGGAGGCGUGACAAGGACCACAAAUGAAGCUAUUCUGUUGUGUGAAGGAGCAGGAUAUGACAUAAUUCUUAUUGAAACCGUAGGUGUGGGUCAGUCGGAGUUUGCUGUUGCUGACAUGGUUGACAUGUUUGUUUUACUACUGCCACCAGCAGGAGGAGAUGAGUUGCAGGGUAUCAAAAGGGGUAUAAUCGAGAUGGCAGAUCUGGUAGCUGUAACUAAAUCUGAUGGAGACUUGAUUGUACCAGCUCGAAGGAUACAAGCAGAGUAUGUGAGUGCACUGAAAUUACUCCGCAAACGUUCACAAGUCUGGAAACCAAAGGUAAUUCGUAUUUCUGCCAGAAGUGGAGAGGGGAUCUCUGAAAUGUGGGAUAAAAUGAAAGAUUUCCAGAACCUAAUGCUUGCCAGUGGGGAACUGACUGCCAAACGACGGAAGCAACAGAAAGUUUGGAUGUGGAAUCUCAUUCAGGAAAGUGUGUUAGAGCAUUUCAGGACCCAUCCCACAGUCCGGGAACAGAUUCCACUUCUGGAACAAAAGGUUCUCACUGGGGCCCUGUCCCCAGGACUGGCAGCAGACUUCUUGUUAAAAGCUUUUAAAAGUGGAGAUUAUUAAAAUUCAUCCUGUAUAAUAAUUUUGCAUAUCAUUUCAUAAAGUAUUUUAAUAGAAAAAUCACUUGUAUGCUUAUAUUUUCAGUAAUCAUUGCAUGGUGCUCUUGUCUUCUUUGUUUGUGACCCAUGCUUGAAAACUUGAAGGAAGUUAGAUAUGAAUGGCAAAAGUUAGGCAGUAUUUAUAAGGUACCUGUUGUAUGUUACUGAUUUCUGUUUCAUUCUCUUCUUAUACCCUGGCAUGGUGGCCUGUAGGGUAGUUUCUUCUUCUUAUUCAAGAACACAAAAAGCUAAGGAGAGCAGAAAAUAUCUUGUACUUUAAAAUGCUUACUUUGAUUCCAUGUUAUCUGAAUUUCCAGAGAAGAUGUAAACAAGAGUGACCAUAUUUUUAGACUCUUUCUUGAAGCCAGAACGACACACAGUGGGUUGCUAAGAGCCGAAAAUCAUAAUUGACAUUUAGUGUACCAGAUUAUUCUAAGAAUUUCUGAAGUCACCAUGUACGUGAGUAAUGAAACAACUGGAAUAAUGUGAUGAUGUGAACAUAGUUUUAAAGUCUGCUUGUCUGGAUUUGCAGGGAGCCUUCCCCCACCCCCCGACACGAUAGGUAAGAGAGCAAAAGGAAACUGGGAAAAUCAGCUACAGAUAAAAUGGGUAAUUAAUCCCCAGUUCUUGGACCCAUUAUAUUUGUAGCCAAUU